GUUUAUGGAGCUAUCCGAAUUGGAGGAGCGGCUAAAGGUGCCGGCCGGGGCUCUUUAUUCUGCUUCACUGUUGAUGAGUAGGAGCGAGCUGCGAGCGGCAAGCAACAGGUCUGACUUCUAGUUCUAACAAAUCAUUGUUUUGAGUGUCAGCCAAAGUGAUGGAGGGUCAUUCUUACUGUCUACAAAGGAAAUGCAACUACUCAGCUCCUUUGGAAUUCAUGGAAGAACGAAACUCAAUCCCUAUGCAGAAGGCAAGAUUUCAAGACCUGUCUUGUCAAUUUUCCAAUGCAUCACUGCCGAAAACAUAUUAUCAAGACACGAUUGAAAGUGAAAUAAUUUGGCAGAAAGAGGAGAUGUCUGUUGAAAGAAUGAAGACUUUGGUUACAUCUCUCAGGAAAGCUGAUCUGGUGUCUUAUUCCAUUGAAAAACUUUUGGGAGAUUUUAAAGACUCUUUAGCUAUUACAUUAAAUACCGAUAAUGUUUCUAGUUUGGAUUUGAUGAGCAUUUCGAAGAAAAAAGAUCUUCUUUGGAAGGAGCUCGAGACAUUUAGUGACAUUAGAAGAGCUCUUAAUAGUCUUCUUGAAAAACAAAGUUACGAGAAAAAUAGGCCACAAAAUACUAAACAUUUGGAGGCUUUAAUGCAAAGGAUCCUCGAAGAUGAAGCUGAAAAUAUUAGACUUAAAGAACAACUUACUGAAAAAGAAGCAAAAGCUAAAGAUCUUUCUCAUCUUAUUCAUGUGCAAAAGGUCACUGCAAUGAAAUGCAGCCAAUUAACAAAAACUAUAGAAGCAACACACUGUCGCCUACAAAAUCUUGUACAGAGAAAAGAGACUGAAAAUGAACAGACGGUCACCCAACUAAAGAAUCUUGAAAUGUCAGCAAAUAGAAGAAGGCAGGAAAUUGAAGACCUUAAACAGCAAAUUUCCCUUUCAAGAGAAAAACAAACAUUUGACAAAGACGGCUUAAGAAAAGCCCACCGGGUCCAAAGACAAAAAGCUGAUCGAUUGCAGAUGUCAAUUGAUGGUCUGAAUAAUCAACUGAAAGAAAAGGAAAUCCAGUUAUCAGAGGCCAUAUCCGCUUGCGGUGUCUGGAAAACUCAUCAUGACUCUGUAGUGGGAGAGAAAUCAAGUUUGGAAGUUCAGCGUGAAACCUUAAAAAAACAGAUAGACAACCUAAAGAACGUCCAUAAACCUACAGAUAUUAGUGACCAAUCAAAUGAAGAACUUGCUGAGGAAUUACGAGUCAUCAACUUAGAAAAUGCGCAUUACAAUGAAGAAAAUGCAAAACUUAAGGCAUCAAUUGCUGCUUUAGAAAAUGAGGCAGUUUUAGUGAACAAUGAUUUAUCAGAGCUUCAAGAGAAGGCAAACCAUCAGAAAAACUUUGUUGAACAAUACGAAAAGCAGGUACAGACGUUACAGCUGGAAUCAAACCAUUUAAAAGAAAGAUAUAGAACUAUUGUUUCAGAUAAAAAAGAGAUCAUUGAAAAGAAAGAUUUGGAAACUGAGAAGGUGAGGAGCCAGAUGGAAGUUCACUUAAAUGAACUGGAACAUGUCCCAGGCUUACUCAGAACUGCUGACCAGAUGUUGCAGGAUUGCCAGGAAAGCCUCUUGGUCUGCAAAAGGAAAUGCAUGAGCCAAUCUGAAACCGUUAGACAGCUUCAGAUUCAGACUGAUGCAAAUGAUUAUUUCUUGGGAAAUGUGUUGUUAGAAUUGGAAAACAAUCGUAUGAAAAAGAAAUCUCAAGAAAUGGAAAAUAAAUUAGACGAGAUGGUCAAUGAGAAUCAGGUUCUGGAGGGGAGACUUAAAAUGCAAGAAGAGAAUCUAAAAAUAAGUGAAAUGCAACUAAUGGAUAAAUCAAGAGAAUAUAGCAGUUUGCUGAGACUUCUUGAAAAUGCUGUGGAAGAAGGAAAAAAACAGAUUUGUGCGGAAAAGGAAAAUAUAUCGUCAAGUGAGCUAGCUCUUCAGCAGAAACUGCACAGUCUCGAAAAUGACCUGAAACGCAAAAUGGCAAAGCAGAAACAGCUUGCAAGCACAUUAAACUCUCUUGAAAAGACGAAUGAUUUACGUUUGGAGGAAUUAAAGCAUAGUUUAGAAAUAAGUGAAAACCAGAACCAGAGCAUGAACAAUUAUGUACAGUUGUUGAAAUCCUUCUAUGUCACAAUGUUUGAAUAAACUACAUGGGUUUUUUAAAAAAAAAAAAAUGAAACAGAUAGUAAAGUA